AUGCUCUUCUCAGCAUCCACAGACAAAACCGUGGCUGUGUGGGAUAGUGAGACUGGAGAGAGAGUGAAGAGACUGAAGGGCCACACCUCCUUCGUUAACUCCUGUUACCCGGCCCGGCGAGGGCCCCAGCUGGUCUGUACGGGCAGCGACGACGGGACGGUGAAGCUGUGGGAUAUCAGGAAAAAAGCUGCUGUCCAGACAUUCCAGAACACGUACCAGGUCUUGGCUGUAACUUUCAAUGACACCAGUGAUCAGAUCAUAUCCGGAGGCAUUGACAACGAUAUUAAGGUGUGGGACCUGCGGCAGAACAAGCUGACUUACACGAUGAGAGGACAUGCAGACUCGGUGACAGGCCUCAGUCUGAGCUCAGAAGGCUCCUACCUGCUCUCCAACGCGAUGGACAACACAG